AUGCAAAAUCAUCGUCGUUCGACAAUCAUUAAUCCAUCUCGAUACAUUCAUGAAUGGCAUUGGCAUGCAUUUUCUGCAUUGGUUUUAGUUGGAUGUCUUCUCGCUUUUGUUGCUGGUUAUGUUAAUACUAUUUGUAUUGUCAGUGCAUUUCGACUUCCUCUUACAGCUCUUACAGGCAGUACAGCUAAAAUGGCUAUUGUUUUAGCACAAGGUCAUUUUGAUGUAGCUUUCCAUUUCAUUCUAUUAAUUUUUUCCUUUGCUAUGGGAAGUUUCAUUUCGGCAGCUUUGAUAGGUGGUUCGUCAUUUCGAAUUCAACGUCAUUAUGGAUUGGUAUUAAUUUUGGAAUCAAUCGCUCUCGGUAUUGGCAGCCUAUUUCAAGAUGUUCAUGUGAGUUUACAUGCUGAAUGGGAAGCGUUAACACCAAGUGCAUAUUUAAUAUGUCUUGGAUUUGGUUUACAAAAUGGCAUGUGUACUACAUUUUCAGGUGCUGUUAUUCGUACAACACAUGUAACAGGUACACUUACCGAUAUAGGUCUUAUUAUUGGACAAGCCAUUUUUCAUAAACGAACUCGUAAACAUCUUUGGAAAUUGAAAAUUUUAGUACCUUUAUAUUUAUCUUUCUGUUGUGGUGCUGUUGUUGGUUGGUUUGCUUUUGAAUUAUUGCAUAACAAAGCAAUUCUUAUACCGUGCACAAUUGUCGGCUGCUUAGGACUUGGACAUACCGCCUAUUCUAGAAAUGAAGAAAUAUUUAAAUCAACAAGAUUAUCUAUUGUAAUACCUGAAACUAUUCCAGAAUUAAGUAUUGCAUCUGAUAAACAUUCAAGUGAUAUGGAUCCAAAUGACAGCGAAGUUGAACACACUGCAAUAGAACAUUGUUUGAGCACUCAAAAUUCAACGACACCAUUGCUUGUAGCUGUUUAUCAUCCUGAAGUUAUUCAAGAACAAUAA